UUCUUUUUUCUGUGAUCACAAAUAGCAGAAGGUUAUUAUCUGGUACAUAGUGACGUUGUUGUAGUGGGAGCCUUUUAGUGAAAAAAGAAUCAGAAGAAAAAGAAAAAAAAAACAUAGUUGCUUAUUAGUGGAAACUACUGAGUGCCAACACGGAUCAUCAUCAGUUCCUCGACCAGGAGGGCAUCCGCAGGCUCCCACCAGGGAGGAGACAGGUGAUGGAGAAGUUUUUCAAGCCUGUUCACAGCCCCUGUGGGCCGGACGAGGUCAAGCCACGGAAGCACCACCAUCAUCACCCUCACCAUCACCACGACUCCCACUCGCACAGGAACACAAUGUUCGACGACACGGACAGAAAUACAGAUGAAAGCCAUGGACACCACCGCCAUCAUCAUCAUGGUCACUAUCCCAAUGACAGACCUCACCAGGAUGCCCGCCAUCGGCAUCAGACACACCACAGCGAAGAGGAUGAGAUACUCUACAACCACGAGACACCUGUCACCCUCUCCAGGGCCUCCUCCUCCUCCCUCUCUUCCUCCACUUCCUCCUCCUCCUCUUUCUCCUCCUGGUACACAGAGACAAGUAUGAUUAAUCCUGUCGCCAUCCAUCACGCUCAGCAUCCACAGCAUUCCCUGUCCUGCUCCAACAUCGCAGAUAUGCGAAGAGGUUUCAGGGAUGACGACGGCAGCGAGCCCAUAGUCAUUGCUACCGUUAAACAUGGAAAAAAAGGGAGUGUGUGUAGUGAGUUACAUGGGAGCUCGCAAAAGAGAGAAAAUAGUGUUUUUUCCGCUCUUGACCGAGGUCACAGCAGAAGUGUUGAGGGCCUUCUGCAGCGUAAUAAAAGUGAUGGUAAAGGGGAGCGAUCCAGAGCACAGCACAUGGAAUAUGGACCUCUGUAUAAGACAUCUAGUUUGAGCCGAAGCCUGGCUUUCAGUGAGGAGGACAUUGUGCUAGGGGUCUCCAGGGGCCCAAAGAGAGCAGUGUCUUCCAGCCAGCUACCCGGCAAAGGCAUCCUCAAAAACAAGGAGCCUCAUACUGACAUUCGCAAGGCUAAAUCGAUGGAGGUGCUGUCGCCAAGAGUAUCCAAAGAGCAAGAUCCACUUGGGCAGGGGGGGAAACAGGCGACUCAGGCAGAGAUAGAGCGAGCCAAGGCAAACUUUGUGCAGGGGAAGGUGCAAUUCUCAGCCUUUCUAGAUGAGAUUACAAAACAGGUUAUAAGCCCGUCAGAUCUCAAUAUCUUGGGUGUGAACAAGAAUAAAGCAACGGGGAAGACACCUCUCCCGGCCCAGACACCUGGUCCAGUCAAGCCUCAGCUCCCACCCAAGAAGCACAGAGAGAGCCCAGGAGAGGAGAGGGAGCAGCACCCGAAACAGACCAGCAGACAGGAGAGAGCAGCUGGCAGCAGCUCUCGCAAACACUCGGACUGCUCCAACCCUGAAAAACUGAUCUCAUACGCAGCCAAGAACCACCACGGAAGCCCCCCGCCUCGUCACUACCCUUGCUCUCCCAGCCACAACACUAACCACGGCAGCAGCCGUAAAGACAGGAGGCCGUCUCCCACUGGGAGCUCCGUGUCAGGGGACAGAAGUGCCAGAUGUGGCCCUCCCCUCACAGAUGGCACCAGCACCAGCCCUGAACCCUGCCAGCCCAAACAGCGGCACCACCGCAAACAGCAGUCCUCUGCCUCCCACAGUCAACACGCCCAGCAACUCCCUCAGCACCAGCCCCAACAAGGGUACCCCAGCCCCUCUGUGGGGCCAGGCCUCGGGUCUGAAUCUUCAUCCACAAAGUCAGAUUCAUCCAGGGCCAGAGACACAGCCUCCACAGCAACCAGUCACAGCUCGGAGCAGAGCGGUCGACACCAUUCACCGCACGCAGGGCAACAACGCAGGGACACACUGUGCGAUGCCGACCUUCUCCAGGAGCUGCAGGAGGAGAAUUCCGAUCUUCACCAGAACUUGUUGCAGACUGUAGUUUGCAUCGAGAGCCUGGAGGCAGAACUGCAGAGGACCAGGGACGAGCUCAGCCACGUCAAGGAGAAAUAUAAAAGCCUUCUAGAGACUCACACUGGGACCAAACAGGCCAACAACCUGCUCGGGGAACACCUGCAUAUAGCGUCAGAGAGCCUGAGCAGCGAGAGGAAGUACCUACAAAACCGUGUGUCACAGCUGAGCUCAGAGCUGGAAGACGCCCACAGGACCAUAGCAGCCCUGGAGAACAUCAACGUGCCGUGCCUGAUAAAGGAGCUAUUAGAGAAACACUUUGACUCAGCAGAGGCCAUACAAAAGUUUCUGAAAAGCCCUGCUACAAUCAGCCAUUCCACCACCUCCCCACAAGCUGACGGCCAAUCCCACGCACCUAAAAUGGAGGAUCUGGCAGUCGAUUGGAUGACAAAGUCAGAGGGAGGUCUGCAGAGGGUCACAGCCUUCCUACCAUUCAAACAGGGGGUGCCGGCAGCCGGAACCGAAGGCGGUCACGAGUCCAGCUACAGCCCACCUUUCUCUGUAUCUGACAUCAGCUCGGCUAUCUGCAAGAAAAUGGCUGCCAGUUUUGCUGCCAGACCUCAACCUCUCUAUCCCCAGAGCCAGCAGCAGCAGCAGCAGCCUCCCCCAGGCACCAACCACACUGACACCACUCCAAACCUCCAUCAGGCCCAUGUGGGUGGUGACAGCUGGGGUGGUACGGGAGGAGUAAAGGUAACUCUCUUUGAGCAGGACGUGACGUCCUCGUCAGCCCAGCAGAUCCUGGAUGAGUUCAUACAGCAGCUGCAGCCCCAUAAGGAGGCGGGUGGAGGGAAGGAGCAGCAGGGCGGAAGCAGAGAGAAUGCGGAUCACAUCAAGUGUCACCUGCACACAGCGCCUCUAUUGUGACGGCUGAGUGAGAAUCAAAGUUACCUCUGUGCUUCGAUGAGUGCCGGAGUGAUAAUACACAUCAGGUUGAUGAGAAGAAUCACCUUUCCGAAAAGCCAAAUUCAAGGUUAAUGCCUCAUUUUCAGAUAAGAGCCGCUCUUCGUUCAGUAGUGAGCUCGACAGAUGAACUUUUAGACCCUGUUCAUACAUUGAAUUAGGUUUUUUUUUUAAGUUAGAGACAGGAGAGUAACAGGUCUGAUUUCAAAAAGUCUUACUCAAUAACUGUAGCCUCUUAUCAGCCUCUUUUCAGAUCUGAUUGUAUGAGACUUGGCUGUACUCUCAGUAGGUAGGAUUCAAUAAAUGGCUGUUAAAUGACAGAGACAGGUGUAGCUUCUUGAAGAAUGAAGCUGAAGACCUUUUCAGAUGCAGCACAGUGCUCAGGUAAGUGGGUCUCACUUACCUCUUGAAGCGUUGCAUCUGCUCUCACACACAUCAGUGAGCUCAUUGUAGUUCUCCUUCAGCAGCAGCCUGUCGUACCAUGUCAGCGCCAACGAGUAGGAUUUUGUUUCUUACGUUUGUUCGUAAGACUUUACACAGACGUGAUCUCCUCUGAAUUACCUGACAUUUGUGAAGAGCGCAGAGCAUUCAGAGAGAAAGAAAAAUAAAUAACUAACACUGUUAAAACACCCUUGUGAUAUUUAUGUAGUGGAAAAUGUAAAAUGUGUUGCUCCGUGUAGCUAUUUAUCGACACUUUUAUUUUUGUCAUUCUACAACACAGGGAUGUGCAAUAAAAUACAAGUUGUAGUUUGUUUAUGCUUCACAAGAGACCAAGAAGGAGUAUAAGUAUUAUUAUUAUAAGUAUUUGUGUUGAGUUAAGGAUUGAGAAGAGAAGCUGAUCCGUCGUCUGGUGGUUUGGCAGCAGAUACUUCUGUAUCUUUUGGUAGCAGAGGUGAACAGACUGUAACUGUAUUGGCUCUGUGUGUAUAUACAUGUAAAUAUGAUACAUUGCUUUCUGAAAUAUAAUGCGGUAGAUGUCCUAAACUGGGGUUUGUCGGCAGUACCAACAAUGUACAGCUAACAGACGUGAAGUACUCCUGAAGGUAUCGUGAACAUGUAGAUUAGAGCAGUGAGACAAUAAAGUUAUUUUAAUCUGUAUAGCCCAAACCUUUAUCACUGUACACGUCCUGUAACUGUGAUCUUGUACCAUAUAAAAAUAAUCAUCUUAAAUUAAAGAAAUAUCUCAGAUUACAGACGUGUGUUCUUUACAUGUGAUUUUGU